UGGGCGUGCUUUUGUAUGCCAUGACGCUGGGGGGAAUCGUGGUAAAGAGCGAGGGAACUUCGCUUUUGCAAAGCAUCCUGCCAAACGAGCCUCAACCACAGUAUCUGAGCCAGUUUGGAAGGCAAGUCUCCGCUAUCAAUAGUUGAGCGUGUCGGCGAAAUCCCUGCAGGACAAGAAUGGGGGGCAAGAUGAGGCGACUCAUUGCUACGUCAAAUGUUUUUAUUUCUUCCUGAUCUCGCUCUCGCUUUCUUUCGUCAAUAAUUCACCUCAGGGCUCCCACCCCCAUCCACCCACCCCGUCUCCCGCCAUAGCUUUCUCCUCCUGGAUUCUGGGAGCGGGGGAGGGGGGUUUCAAUGGCAAAGAAAGGGGCACCGGGAAGAGCUGAUUUGGUCCAGGAGGUGUUUGGAAGCACAUUUCCGAUUGCUUUUUAAAGGAUCCUUCCCUCCAAAAUCAAACAGACUUUUUUUUUCUCCGCUGGAAAUGUUGAAAAUCUUUAGAAGAAGCUUCUGCUGCUGCUGCUGCUGUGCUGGUAGCAAGCGGUGUGUGUGUGCCUCUGUGCCUCUGUCUGUGUAAGAGUGGUGAUUUUUUCCCCCCUCCGCUGCUGGUUGGGCUGCUAGAGCUGGCUUUGUGGCGUGGUCUGUGUAAGCGUGGAGAGAGGUGGAAAGGAGAGGAACGUUGGGGCGCUCCGCGCAAGGUUUCGCUGUCCGCCGCUCCUGGUGCUGAACAUGGGCGCUUUAAGCAGGGCGCUGUCCAUGGUGCCCACCAUCCUCCUAACGUUGGCUCUCUCCGCUUUCCCCGUCUGGGCGCAGAAUGACACGGAACCCAUCGUACUGGAAGGGAAAUGCUUGGUAGUUUGCGAUUCCAACCCAGCGACCGAUUCUAAGGGAUCCUCUUCUUCUCCUCUGGGGAUCUCUGUACGGGCUGCUAAUUCUAAGGUGGCUUUCUCGGCGGUCAGGAGUACCAACCACGAGCCUUCUGAGAUGAGCAACAAAACCAGGAUAAUCUAUUUUGAUCAGAUCCUAGUAAAUGUGGGCAAUUUCUUUACAUUGGAGUCUGUGUUUGUAGCACCGAGAAAAGGAAUAUACAGUUUUAAUUUUCAUGUAAUUAAAGUCUACCAGAGCCAAACAAUUCAGGUGAACUUGAUGCUUAACGGGAAACCAGUCAUUUCAGCUUUUGCUGGGGACAAAGAUGUCACUCGUGAAGCUGCCACAAAUGGAGUCCUACUCUACCUAGACAAGGAAGAUAAGGUCUACCUUAAACUGGAGAAAGGUAACCUGGUUGGCGGAUGGCAGUAUUCCACGUUUUCUGGCUUCUUGGUCUUUCCCCUGUAAAAUCAAUCGCCUUGUGACUUUCACCUAGGUGUGGACCAAUCAUUGCUUCUGUUCUCUGAAGACCAUCUUCUCAUCCUCUGGAUUGAUUUUUCUUUCUUGGUUUCUCAUGGGUGAAAUCUGGAUUCUAUUGUAUGGCAUUUUGACCCUCUUUGAAUUCAUCCUGAGAUUUCAACCAAUUUUGUGUGUUUAAAUACAGGACAUUGGAAGCAAGACUUAAAAGCAGACAAUGCGUAUCUAUGCUUGAUGUUACAGAAUGAAGCUGCCUGCAAGAUUCAUUCCAGGUUCCUUAACUGAACAUAUUGGAUUUGUGGGAGAAGUCAAUAAUUAUAGUUGCCUCUUCCCUCCCAUCCCCCGAUUCCAUUUUUAAAAGACUGGCAACCAGGUCUACAAUUUAAGAAUUUCUGGAUCAAAACUUCAAUCAAGAUGAACACAUAGCUGCCAAAGAACUGUUCAUUAAUAUAUGAAUUAUAUCUUUAUUCCCCUUGUGCUAAAAAUUAACAUAAAUUCAUGCUGCUCGGUUGCAAAGGAAGAGUUACUGAUAAGCAUUUUGACUUAAUUAAUUUUUGUGUAUUCUGUUUCUGGAAGAGUCACACAUAUGUUUUCCUUCAAAUAGUUAAGCUCAAAGAGGACUGCCCUAUGAAAAUCUGUAUGUCACAGUCAGAUGUUUUCUGAACUAGUGGUGAAAUCCAAAUUUUUUUACUACUGGUUCUGUGGGUGUGGCUUGGUGGGUGUGGUGUGGCUUGGUGGGCGUGGCUUGGUGGGCAUGGCAGGGGAAGGAUACUGCAAAAUCUCCAUUCCCACCCCACUCCAGGGGGAAGGAUAUUGCAAAAUCUCCAUUCCCACCUCACUCCAGGGGAAGGAUACUGCAAAAUCCUCAUUCCCUCCCCACUCCUGGGGGAAGGAUAUUGCAAAAUCUCCAUUCCCACCCCACUCUGGGGCCAGCCAGAGGUGGUAUUUGCCUGUUCUCUGAACUGCUCAAAAUUUCCACCACCGGUUCUCCAGAACCUGUCAGAACCUGCUGGAUUUCACCCCUGCUCUGAACAUUAAAGGAAUUUGUAUAUUAUAGAAAGGAUUUUCUAGUUCCAGGAAAGAGUUUAUUACGCUAAAAAAAUUGCUUACCAGAGUUAAAGAGAAUCAUUUUGGCAAACCUCUGCAAAACAGCCGUUCCUUUUUUUUUUUUUAAAUACACUUAGACUUUACUUUUAGUUCAGUGAUUGAGAGUAGCUUCUUCUUAAAAAAAAAAUCAGCCGAAUGCAUUCCUUAGAUAUAGCUAAAUUUAUCAGGUGGAGAUGGAAAUCCUUCCCUCUUAUUUUUAAAUGGUAUCUAUUUCUCAAGCCUUCUGUCCUUUUCAAAGUGUUAUCUGGUUUUGCCUUAACUCCGUAAAUGUAUAUAAUGAUGAUAACUCUCAGGGGCAUUGCCUAGGCAAAGUUAAGCCCUGCCCAACGCAAUCCUAGGCAUAUAUACUCAGAAGUAUGUUGCUGAAUUCAGUGGGAGACGCUCCCGGGGAUAUGUGUAAAGGAUUGCAGCCUUAAUGUCCCAUUGAUUUCAAGGAGAAAGAUUCUAACUCCAAGUUAAUUUUUUCCCCACUGAAAUUAGAGGGACUUAAUUGCGCUUAACUUUGGGUGUGGUGCCCCAUCUUUUCUUUAGCAAAUAUUCAGUCCAAAUAGCCAGUACCUAAACUUGGUGCAAUAUCUUUUCUGUCUUUUUGUAAAGGCCAUAUGACUUCAUAAAUUUAUUUAUUAUGUUGCUGUUACAUAAUAAAAGUCAAUCUAUGUUACUGUA